AAUAGUACACUUGUUAACCUGGUUCAAUAAAAAUGGCCGCAAUUUGGAAUACAAUUUUUGCAGGUUUUAUUUUGUACACGACGGGACUUCUAGCUUGUGAUGACAUUGAUUCCGCAGCCUGCGUCAGACUUGCGUCAUCACAUCCAAAUAUGUGUAACGAAACAUGUUUCGCAUCUAUCUGCAAACGGCACUGUGGGCUUUGUCCACUGAAAUGUUACACAUGCCAUGAUAUAACCAAUCCUCAGACCUGCAAUGUCUCGGCUGAGUGUCCAUCUAAUGACCACAGAUGUAUCUCAGUGAAGUCGUAUACGGAUGAUUUUCGUCUUGUUUAUAAACUAGGAUGCGCACCAUCUUCGAUCUGCAGUGGAACAAAUUGUUGUACUACAGAUUUAUGCAACAAUAAAGCGAGUACUACCAAGCGGCAAUCAGAAAAUGAAAAUAAAGAAAGUCCAGUCGCCGUUGAAGUGCUCAGCAGACGACAGACGCUGAACCCGGCGUGUGCUGACGUAGACAAUCUGGCCUGCACGCUGUUGUUUACGUCAGACACUGACAUCUGUCAAAAUGACUGUGUUGCCAACGUUGUCUGUCCCAGGCUUUGUGGGAAAUGCAGUAGGUUAUUCAGACUUGAUUAUAUCAGG